UUCGUCGACCUGUCCGCUGUGUGCACCGUCUAAAUCAGUCUCCCGGAAACUGAGGAAGAGUGUGUUUAGUUCCUGCACCUAGGGCUGUCGCGGCGAUUUCUUUCGGGGGCGUGUGGUGUAGCGGUACCUGUCGUCCUGCUCCAUGGCUGUCCCAGGGGUUAAUAAAGAUAACAUCAGAGCGGGAUGUAAGAAGUGUGGAUAUCCUGGCCAUCUGACCUUUGAAUGUAGAAACUUCCUUAGAGUGGACCCGCAGAGGGACAUAGUGCUUGAUGUUAGCAGCACCAGUAGCGAGGACACCGAUGAUGAAAUCGAAGUUGGAAGUAAAGCUCCAAUUUCUGCAGAUAAGAAAAAUGCCGUAGAAGUUGGGAAGAAGUUGAAGAAAAAGGAGAAAACUAAAUCCAAGAAGCCACGAAAAAGAUCCCAUUCCUCCAGCGAGUCGAGUGAAGAGAGUCCGAAAUCAAAGAGGAGGAAAAGUAAAAAAGUAAAAACCAAGUCAAAGAAAGCAAAACACCACAAGAAAGGCAAAAAGAAAGGAAAGCGAGAACACCACUCCUCUUCUUCAUCCUCAUCCAACAGUUCAGAAUCCUCCAGUAGUGACUGAUCUGACUCUAAACGUUGACGGCAGUACUAUCCUGUGCUUUCCAUCUAUAUACAAAAUUAUAUUUUAUAUAAAAACUCUGCACAGAGGAUGGUGAUUAUAGUUUCCCACAAUAAAAUGUACAGACUGAUGAUAAUGCAGUACAGUUAUUAAGCUUGUCAAUAAGUUUUUAUGUUUUCCAGAGAAAAAUAAAGAAAUCAAUUUUGAUGUAUUUUUCCUACAUUUUAUUAGUUCAUUUGUGGCUGGUAAUUCAGACUAAUAAGCUCUGCUUUACAGUGUGAAAUAUAGUCCCCAGUUUAUGGUGUAAACAAGCAGCCGUAUGGUAAUGUACGCACCAGCCUAUAAACAAACACAAAAGACUGUACAUAGUUUAACCCCUUAAUGACCCAGUAAAUUUAAAAAGUUUAGAUUUUUAUUUUUUCCCAGCUUACUUUCUAAUAGCCAUUAUUUUUUUUAUGUUUCUAGCUACAGAGCCACAAGAGGGCUUGGGGGGGUUAAGGACCAAUUGUACUUUGUAACAAAGCUCUUAAUUGUACCACAAAAGUCUUUGUGAGGUGAAAUAAAAAUGCAACUUUGCAAAUUAAAGGGAUCUCAUCAUUUUGUUAU